CGUUACACAUUUGUAACGCGGAAACCUUUAAUAUAAAGGUUAAAAGGGUAAAAGCGUAAAAGCAAGUAUUUAGGGCUGGCUGUUACUAUAUAAAGAACCGUCUCUACGUUGCUUUUCUCUUCACGAACGAACGCUUCUCAUUGGCUCAUCAUUACCAAAUCAUCAUAAUAAAUCGUCAUUUCUCUCAAAAUUAGGGUUUUCUCUUCCGGUUAUCUGUAUCUGGGGUUUUGAAGGUUUCGUUUCGUAUCUGGGAAGAAAGGAUUCGUUAAUUCGUGGUCUAGAUCUAAAAUUCAUAUAUAUAAGGCGUGAAUGAGAUUAUGAUGGAAUCGAAAGGUGGUAAUAAAAAGUCGUCGUCUAGUAGUUCCUUAUUUUACGAAGCUCCCCUCGGUUACAGCAUUGAAGACGUUCGCCCCAACGGUGGAAUCAAGAAAUUCAAAUCUUCUGUCUACUCCAACUGCGCUAAGAGGCCAUCCUGAGUUGUAGCGUGCACCGAGUCCUCCUGCUAUAGUUAUAGCUUUUUAUAAUUUCCAGUUUAUAAUUUACUUUUUUCUUUCUAAGCUCCGUUUCUGCUUGGUUCCCCAAUCCCAUCGUUCUCUCCUCCUACUACAAUGGCCUUAUCUGCAAUCGGUUUCGAAGGCUACGAGAAGCGCCUCGAGGUCUCUUUCUUCGAGCCUAGCUUCUUCCAAGACUCCAAGGGACUUGGUCUCCGUGCUCUGACCAGGUCCCAGCUUGACGAGAUUCUCACUCCUGCUGCCUGCGAGAUCGUUUCCUCUCUCUCCAACGAUCACUUGGACUCUUACGUCCUCUCUGAGUCCAGCUUCUUUGUCUACCCUUACAAAGUCAUCAUCAAGACCUGUGGCACCACCAAGCUCCUCCUCUCCAUCCCGCCGCUUCUUAAGCUGGCCGGUGAGCUUUCCCUGAGUGUUAAGUCUGUUAAAUACACUCGCGGCUCCUUCCUCUGCCCUGGAGGCCAGCCUUUUCCUCACAGGAGCUUCUCUGAAGAAGUCUCUGUUCUUGAUGGUCACUUUACUAAGCUGGGUUUGAACAGCGUUGCCUACUUGAUGGGUAAUGAUGAUGAAAAUAAGAAAUGGCAUGUCUAUGCUGCCUCUGCUCAGACCUCCAGCGACUGCAACAACAAUGUCUACACGCUCGAGAUGUGCAUGACUGGUCUUGACAAGGAGAAAGCCUCUGUCUUCUACAAGAAUGAAACUGGUGGGGAGAAUGGAUCGAUGACCGACAACUCUGGAAUCAGAAAGAUCCUCCCUAAGUCCCAGAUCUGCGACUUUGAGUUCGAGCCCUGUGGCUACUCUAUGAACUCCAUUGAAGGAGAUGCAAUCUCCACUAUCCAUGUGACCCCUGAGGAUGGGUUUAGCUACGCUAGCUUCGAAGCCGUGGGUUAUGACUUCAGCACUCUCGACCUGAGCCAGCUUGUGACAAGGGUUCUGUCUUGCUUUGAGCCAAAGCAAUUCUCUGUGGCUGUGCACUCGAGCGUUGGAGCGAACGCGUACAAGCCGGAGAUCAGUGUGGACUUGGAAGACUAUGGGUGCAGAGAGAGGACAUUUGAGUCUUUGGGAGAAGAGAGUGGGACGGUGAUGUAUCAGACGUUUGAGAAGCUUGGCAAGUACUGUGGAUCGCCUAGAUCUACCUUGAAGUGUGAGUGGAGCAGCAACAAUAGCUGCAGCAGCGAGGACGAGAAGGACGAGGGAAUCUAGCAGAACUAUUUAUGAGCUUUCUGUUUUUAUGCAUCUUUCUUUUGUUUCGUAAUGAAUAAUGGCUUGUGAAGUUGAGGUACUCUCACCUUUCACAAGCAUGUGUGCUGUGUGUUUCGUACUGUUAUGUUUGGAUCUUUAAUAUAUGAAAAAGACUAUUAUGUUUGCUAUUA